UGGCCAUCACCAAAUAUAAACCAAACUACGCCACCUCGCCGCCUAUACCGUGUCUCAUCCCGCUCCUCUACCUGCCUCCAAGAACGCUCUCUGAAAACAUCCACACUCCAUAACCCCAACAUGGCCGUCGCCGACACGAGCACACGGAUAGCGGAGGCGCAGAAGCUGGCCAAGUCAGAUGCCUCCCAGGCCGAGAAGAUAUACAAAGAUGUGCUCUCCACAGACCCGGGCUCCAACGAGACCGCCAUCAAGAACUACGAGACCGCCUUGGUCGGACUGGGGGAGCUGUUCCGCGAUCAGAAGCGAGUUGAUGCCCUGGCGGAGCUGGUACGGCAGGCGCGUUCAGUGCUGUCCUCGUUCGCCAAAGCAAAGACAGCGAAGCUGGUCCGACAGCUCCUUGACCUCUUCACUGCCAUCCCAAACACCACCGACACCCAAAUCGAAGUCACAAAAUCAUGCAUAGAGUGGGCUGUGUCCGAGCGGAGGGGCUUCCUACGGCAAAAUUUGGAAACUCGGCUCGUCUCCCUGUACAUGGCAAAGCAGUCCUACUACGAGGCCUUGGCCCUUAUCAACAGUCUGCUCAAGGAGCUGAAGCGCCUGGACGACAAGCUGGUCCUAGUCGAGGUACAACUUCUAGAGUCGAGGGUUUACCAUGCGUUAGGCAACAUCCCGAAAGGCCGCGCCGCGCUCACCUCCGCACGAACAUCAGCCGCGUCAGUCUACACCCCGCCAUUGCUACAGGCAGGACUGGACAUGCAGAGUGGCAUGCUGCAUGCAGAGGACGGUGACUUCAACACGUCCUUUUCGUACUUCAUCGAGGCUAUGGAGGGAUACCACUCGCAGGAUGAGGAGCAGAAGGCGACGUCAGCCCUCCAGUACAUGCUGCUCUGCAAGAUCAUGCUCAACCUUGGGGACGAUGUGUCAUCACUCAUGGCCUCGAAGCACGCCAUCAAGUACGCCGGGAAGCGGUUAGACGCGAUGAAGGCCGUAGCGCGAGCGCACACGAACCGCAGUCUGGAGGAGUACGAAACAGCCUUGACCGAGUACCGUCAGCAGCUUGGGAGCGACCGCUUCAUCACAAGCCAUCUCCGGCGCUUGUACGACAACAUGUUAGAGCAGAAUCUUAUCAAGGUGAUCGAGCCCUUUAGUAGGGUAGAGAUUGACCAUGUCGCGAAGAUGGUCGGACUCGACAUGGUACAGGUCGAGCGCAAGCUCUCGCAGAUGAUCCUAGACAAGGUUAUCAUCGGAGUUCUAGAUCAGGGUGCCGGGUGCCUCAUCGUCUACGACGAGUCCGAGCGUGACCAGGGCUAUGAUGCGGCGCUGGGGACCAUUGAGAAGCUCAGCAACGUUGUUGAUGUGUUGUACACCAACCAGGCGUCGCUACUGGAGUGAGCUAAACGGCUCUUAGCCAAGGCAGACGAUGAAGCAUUGAAGACGUAGCACUUCCGAUGGCUUUCCUGAGGCUUUGUACCAUAGUAGCAUAGACAGUCUGACACAGCGCAGCCGGCAUAGUAAUGAUACAUGAUCCAAGUGACAACCAAGACGACGAAUUUAAACCACAGCGUGCGAUACAACUCCCUCGCUUUUCAUAGCGCCCUUUGGGAUGCUAAUGUCAGUUGAUAGGUGACGUGCAUGCCCCG